AAUUGAUGAAAGUGAUUGGCUUUUGAGAAAAAUAUAACGAAUUCGAAAUUCGAAAACAAGAAACUAGUUACAGAUAUAAUGCCUGGCAAACGCAAGACAAAAAGUUCUUCGAGAAACAAAAAUUCACAAGAUGGCACUCAAAUAGCACAGAGAGAAAUUAAAAUUUCUAGUUUUCUUGAAGAUUUUGAUUCACAAGUCAAAAUUCGAAUCAGCAAAAUGACUAAUGAGAUAGAAAAACUUUGCACAGCCAUAACUUUCUUCUAUCAACGAGAAGUUAUGAAACUUCCAAAGAAAUUGAGAGAAAUGAAAUUCAAAGAUUUUUUAGACCAAGGAGGCUCAGUGGACUCUCAAUGUGCCAAGAGUAUUGACGAGUCUAUUGGAAAAGUAACGGACAAUGUCACAUCUGUAGUUUCAACAAUUUCCAGGUAAUUAACAAGAAAUU